AAAGAACAAUGGGAACCCACCAUCGAGCGGUUGUUCGAGCUUGAGAAAGCAGGUCCUGGGCUGAGGCAAAGGCCGACUAUCUGUGAAGUUUGGUCAAUCGAGUGUCCUGACCACGGCCAGAGUGCGUUAUUGAACGAGACCGUGCUGAGAGGACGGGUAGAGCCGGUGAUGUGUCGCACGUACGCCUUGACUGUCUUGGCUCUAUUCCGAUCAGGACUCCUCGCACAAUCGCUUAAGCCAAGGUUUGUGUUAGUAGGCCAAUGCGGAGGGGCAGUUACUGCUGUUCUAUCCACGAUGAUGUUCCGGGAGCCGUCCGGAGUCCCGUUUACCUCUAUCAUCCUGAUAAACCCAUGGUUCUACAGCGCGCAAUUGAUCAAGGUCAAUGCUGACGCCCGGAGAGAGGCAUCGCAAUAUGCGGAGUAUAGCAAGACUAUACCCGAUAUCUGGAGGAGCCGUGAAGAGGCGCUUCGAUAUCUCAAGGCGGAGAAGUAUCAUCGGAGUUGGCAUCCUCAAGUGCUUGAGCAGUUUGUGAAAUCCGGAGUUACUUCGUUGCCAUCUCGAGCAUACCCACUCGAAACAGAAGGCGUAACGCUCGUAUAUCCGAGGACGAUAGAGCGGAGGGCCAUGCAGUUGCUGUACGAGGUUCAGCCCAUGCUGCAGCAUCUACGCCACUUGGGCCACCGUGUCCCCGUGCACGUGGCAUUCGGUGAGAUACAGUCGACGGCGUAA